GCAUCUGUGAAUGUGCGCUGUUUUCCCCGAAAAAGGAUAAUUGAUGAAAAGGAUAAAGUGUGUCGCCACAGCCUCCAAGCGUUACAGGAUCGGUUUUCAGGACUUGCUCAAGAGUCUGAGCAUUGAGGAGCACCGAGACCAGGCACAUACGGGGCCAUGAGCAGUACCGGCCACACCAAAUCUGACGACGGGAAACGACCAGCACCCAAUAACAAGAACGGCGAUUGGACGUGCCCGGAGCCCGAUUGUAAAAAUAUAAACUUUGCCCGCCGGAACCAAUGUAACCGGUGCGGCAAGGAGCGUCCCAACAGUGGUUCAUCGAAGCAUGGAUCGGCAGCUAGCGACUCGGACGGUGGUGGCAGUGGGGGCAAAAAGAAGACGGGCACCGAAAUCGGAAAGGCCGCAGCGGAGAAGUCACGCGGCCUGUUCAGUGCCGAAGACUGGCAAUGCAAUAAAUGCGCCAACGUAAACUGGGCCCGGCGCCACACAUGCAACAUCUGCAGCGCCCCACGGUUUUGCGACGUCGAAGAGCGUACGGGUUACGGAGGAGGCUACAACGAUCGUGGUGUAGUGGAGUACAAGGAUCGAGUGGAGUCUGAUGACGAGUACGACGAGUUUGGACGCCGUAAAAAAUCGAAAUCGAAGCAGAAGGAACAGCAACUUGCACGGACGGCAUCGCGACGACGGAGAAGCUACUCGGAUGACGAACAUCACACGGAAACUAGCAGCAGCAAGCGCAAGGAACCGCGAAAGAGGCGUGCCGAGGAUUCCGAGAAGGAAGAGGACGAGGAACCGGAUGAUGAGGACGAAGACGACGAAGAGGAAGACGAGGAUAAUGAGGAUCUUUCAAAGUACGAUCUCUGGGGAUCGGAGGAAGAAGAUGCUUCGAGCAAGAAGCCACCGGUAGCGAAAGUUUCCGGCGAUAAGCAUAAACCAACAUCACACAAACACCGUUCACGCUCUCGUUCGCGGUCACGCUCGCGAUCCCGCUCCAUCAGUAGGGAUCGGAAUCGUGGUAGGCCAGGAAACGACUCACGGCCACCAGCAAACAACAGGAGGGCCCCUCCCUCCGAUAGCCACGGGCGAUCGCACUCUCAACGUUCCAGCUCAACACGCCGACCGGCACGGCCUAGAUCGCGUUCGCUCUCAAGCUCACGCUCGCGAUCCCGAUCCCGAUCACGUUCACGAUCGCCGCGUUCUUACAGCCGCAGUAAGGACCGUCGACGUUAAGGCAUUUUCUAACUACCCGCCCCUCCUUCCCACUGUUGACAGAGGCAGACGAUAAAAGAUUGGAGGAAUAAAUGUGUAUAUUUUAGAGCGAAAUGUUAACCUGUUCGUAGCUGUGGUGGCGUUCAUUUUCUUCAUUUCCCGCGUGGUUAACCGCAAAUCUAGCUCAUGCUAAGUACCGCUUUCGGAUAAGAGAGGCGAACAAUUGAAUAAAUUUGGAUUCAUUGGAUAAUUUGAAUAUCUGUGCAACGAGCUAAACAAAAUACUGCAACAUGCACAUGCGUCUAAACUGAACAUUCAAACUUAUACUGUCUAUAACUACUACAAAAACGGCUCAGUAUUGAAUCCCUUUCAAACACAUUAGCGCAUCAUAUGGAGCUUAGUAGAAAUGGUUAACAUACAUACACACCUACACUAUCACCAUAAUGAUACUAGUUUCGAGUUGCGAAACAAUGGCCCAGACCAAAUGAUCACCGAUACACUGACCAGAAUGAGAUAAGUUAAUAAAUAUAGU